AUGCCGGGGAAAGACUGUGUCAAAGUGGCCGUACGCGUCAGACCCUUCAACAAGAGAGAGAGGGACGCGGGCGGCCGCUGCAUUAUCUCUAUGGCCUCCAGCACCAUCACCAUCCAGGACCCUCGGAACAGCCAGAGCCCACGCUCCUUCUGCUUUGACUAUGCCUACUGGUCCCACAGCGGCUUCACCAGAGACUGCUCUGGCCUGUACAUACCUGAGGAGCCUGGAGGACGAUAUGCUGACCAGGGUAGUGUAUUCCAGGACCUGGGGGAGGGGAUCCUGGAGAAUGCCCUUCAAGGUUAUAACGCCACCCUGCUAGCCUAUGGGCAGACUGGCUCAGGGAAGAGCUACUCCAUGGUCGGGUACGGACCCAACAAGGGCCUGGUGCCCACCCUCUCUGACAAACUGUUUCAGGCCAUCAGGGCCAACCAGGACAGCCGACAGUGCCAGGUCUUUUUCAGCAUGUUGGAAAUCUACAAUGAACAGGUAAUUGACCUGUUGUCACGGGGGUCUCGGUCUCCGGGGGGACUGCGUGUCCGAGAGGAGCAGCAGAGAGGCUUCUAUGUGGAGGGGCUUCGCAGGGUCCCCUGUGACAGCGCCCCACAGGUGGAGCAGCUGAUGGAGCAGGGGACGAGGAUGCGCACCACGGCCACCACACAUAUGAACGCCAACAGCAGCCGCUCACACAUGCUCAUCAUCCUCCAGCUCAAACAGAUCUUCUCUGAGGAGAGCAUCACCAAGCAGUCUAACAUCAACCUGGUGGACCUGGCGGGCAGCGAGAGACAGCGGGUGUCAGGUUCCGAGGCCGACCGGCUCAAAGAGGGCACAGCCAUCAACCUCAGCCUCACCACCCUGGGCAACGUCAUCAGUGCCCUUGCUGAUGUAGCGGUAGGGAAGAAAGUAGUCCAUAUCCCAUAUAGAGACUCUGUCCUCACCAAGCUGCUGCAGUCUGCCCUGGGGGGGAACAGCCGUACUGUCAUGAUUGCAGCCCUGAGUCCAGCUGAUAUCUGCUAUGAAGAGUCUAUCUCAACCCUGCGAUAUGCAGAAAGGGCAAAGCGUAUUCAGAACCGUGCGGUGGUGAACGAGAGUCCCACGGAGCGCCUGGUGAAGGAGCUGAAGGCUGAGAACGCCAGGCUCCUGCAGAGACUCAGCCGCCUAGGACAGGAGGGACGCAGGGCAGAGGACGAAACCAAGGAGCUGCGUCGGCUGUUGACCCAUAACGAGCUGCAGAUCAGAGCCAUCCAGACGCUCUGGGAACAACAUCUACAGGAGGCCUUGAAGGAUUGGGAGCAGCAGUAUGCGACUAUCACACAGGAGCGGAGGAUGAUGCAGAUGCAUCCCUACAUCCUGAACAUCAACGAGGAUACUCAGCUGUCAGGGGUGGUCAAGCUCUUCAUCCAGGAGGGUGAGUGGGAUAUAGGGCUCUCUGACUCUUCACCCAGGUCCAUCUCAAUCAGGGGCCUAGGGAUCCAGGACCGUCACGCUCUGUUCAUUAACGUCCAGCGUAGGGUGUACCUGACCCCACUGGCGGGGUCAAAUGUCAUUGUCAACGGAACACCCAUCUCCCAGAAGACCGAGCUGCAGCACCUGGACCGACUCAUCCUGGGUUCUAACAGCACCUACCUGUUCAUUGGCUACCCAUCUGAGAGGGGCGGGGAUGACUGGAGUCGCUAUGACUACGACUACUUCCAGUCUGAACUGGCAGCCGCUGAGGGCAUCAACCUCCACUCACUGUGUGAGGAGCAGACACAGGGUGACUCCAGUGCAGUCCCCAGUCAGACUGACCCCAGUCUCCUGGCUGUUUUCUAUGACUACAUCAAACUGAUGCCCAUGGUGGCUGAGGCCAACCAGAUGAGCCAGGAGCUACACAAGGGGGUGGAAUUUAAACUGGAGAUUAAGAACCUGGCGUUAUCAGACUCUAAAGGUCAUGACUUGGAGAAGGAGAUCGCUGUCAGAGUGACAUCACUGGAAAACAAACAGGUGUGGCUCUGGUCCAAGGCCAAGUUUGUGAACCGUAAGUUCCUGAUGGAGGAGUUGUAUCAGCAGCACCAUACGGAGCGGAAGGGAGAGGGGGCGGCCAGGGCGCCCAUGCCCAGAGACAGAGACCCUUUUUGGGAUCCGCUGGAGCCCCUGCUCUUGGGCAGCGCCCACCUCUGGCUGCAGUCUCUGGCUUUCCGUAUCGCACUGGAGGAACAGCUGGAGGUAUUGGGGUCAGAGGGCACUGAGGAGGCCAUACUGCAGGCCCAGCUUCUACCAUGCAGCCCUACAGGACUGACUCUGGGGGAGGAUGACAUCCUGAUCGACCCCUCUGAGCUACUGGGGAGACGGCUGGACUUCCAGCUGGUCCUGGAUCAGUGCUGUGGCCUGCGCUGGGUCCAACAGGCCAGGAACAGGGGCGUUCAGAUAGGGUUCAGGAUGUUCGACAGUGCCCAGCCCCUCUACACUCCAGCCGUGUGGCACAAUGUCAACCCCCUGCUGGACCAGCGGGUCCACUUCACCUCUCUGCACACCUCCCAAGGCCUGCUAGAACACCUGCAGACCAGCGCCCUGGUGCUGGAGCUCUGGGGCCUACAGGAGGGAUGUAGAGACAUGGUGUCGUCUCUGGAGGGAGUGAGGAUGACUCCAGAGGGAUGCUUCAUCAUCGACCAGGCUAGCGCAACUGAGACAGCCACUGUGAAGCUGAGCUGCUCUCUGAGGGCUCUACAGCAGGAUGUAGAGGAGCUGAGGAACACCAACGCUGCACUGAAGACCGAGAACAACACACUGAGGGAUCAGCUCAAUACAACUAAGACCGGUCAGACAUAGAUGCGGGGCAGCAGUCUGCGGCCCAGCUGUGAUGCAGAGUUCGCCCGCGCCCUGAAGGUCUUCUACCACAGCAUGACCUCUGUCAGGGUUCAACUGCAGCGCCUGCGCAGGCACAGGCCCAGUGAGGAGUCAGAUCUCUUGGGGCUCAGGCUGUUUGUGGAUGAGCAGGGUGGUCUGCUGCGUGAUUUCUCAGAGCUGCUGGAGCAGAGCGUCUCCUCUCUCAAACAGGAUGUGGCCGCCAUUGUACGACGCAAACGGGAACGCUCAGGAAUCUGGUCCUGACUCCCAUCCUCAUCUAGUCCUGAACGGAACAACUGGAAUUCCCCAUCAAACUAAUGUAACGCCCAAUCCCAAAUUGACCCCUGGCCACAACCUCUAGGGCCAGGGCACUUCAUGUAGGUGUGAAAGGAUCUGAUAGGUAAAAACGUGCUCUACUUCCACCUUGCUGAAUGAUUGGCUGGGUGGGAGUUUCAACAUGUUGCUUUCAUAUUUUCUAUCCCUUCAGAUUUACACAAGUGCCAAGAGGAAAAGGGUCAGUUAGGUUUUUGAUCCUGUGUUUUAUCGUCGACAAGUUGGGAUUAUAUAUUGGACUCCCGUAAACGCUAAUGCUAACAAUACUAAUGUAGUGCAACUAGUGUUUGUGCGUUUACACUCCAUUACAUCUUGACGUUGUUGUAUUACCAGAAAUAUAGUUGUUUCACUGCAGAGAUCAACUCUGACAAUUCUGGGCCCGUAUUCAUGAAGUGUCUGAGUGCUGAUCUAGAAUCAGGUUCCCUGUCUAUAUAAUUAUGAUUUUUUAAUUUUUUAAUUUCACCUUUAUAUAACCAGGUAGGCCAGUUGAGAACAAGUUCUCAUUUGCAACUGCGACCUGGCCAAGAUAAAGCAAAGCAGUUCGACACAUACAACAACAGAGUUACACAUGGAGUAAACAAACAUACAGUCAAUAAUACGGGGGAAAAUCUAUAUACAGCAUGUGCAAAUGAGGUAGGAUAAGAGAGGUAAGGCAAUUAAUAGGCCAUGGUGGCAAAGUAAUUACAAUAUAGCAAUUAAACACUGAAAUGGUAGAAUGUACAGAAGAUGAAUGUGCAAGUAGAGAUACUGGGGUGCAAAGGAGCAAGAUAAAUAAAUAAAUAUGGUAUGGGGAUGAGGUAGAUUGGAUGGGCUUUUUACAGAUGAGCUAUGUACAGGUGCAGUGAUCUGUGAGCUGCUCUGACAGCUGGUGCUUAAAGCUAGUGAGGGAGGUAAGAGUCUCCAGCUUUAGUGAUUUUUGCAGUUCGUUCCAGUCAAUGGAACCAGAGAACUGGAAGGAGAGGCAGCCAAAGGAGGAAUUGGCUUUGGGGGUGACCAGUGAAAUAUACCUGCUGGAGCACGUGGGUGGGUGCUUCUAUGGUGACCAGUGAGCUGAGAUAAGGCGGGGCUUUACCUAGCAGAGACUUGUAGAUGACCUGGAGCCAGUGGGUUUGGCGACGAGGAUGAAGCGAGGGCCAGCCAACGAGAGCGUACAGGUCACAAUGGUGGGUAGUAUUAUGGGGCUUUGGUGACAAAACGGAUGGCACUGUGAUAGACUGCAUCCAAUUUGUUGAAUAGAGUGUUGGAGGCUAUUUUCUAAAUGACAUCGCCGAAGUCGAAAAUCGGUAGGAUGGUCAGUUUUACGAGGGUAUGUUUGGCAGCAUGAGUGAAGGAUGCUUUGUUGCAAAAUGAGAAGCCGAUUCUAGAUUUAAUUUUGGACUAGAGAUGUUUAAUGUGAGUCUGGAAGGAGAGUUUACAGUCUAACCAGACACCUAGGUAUUUGUAUUUGUCCACAUAUUCUAAGUCAGAACCGUACAGAGUAGUGAUGCUGGAUGGGCGGGCAGGUGCGGGCAGCGAUCAGUUGAAGACCAUGCAUUUGGUUUUACUUGCAUUUAAGAGCAGUUGGAGGCCACGGAAGGAGAGUUGUAUGGCAUUGAAGCUCAUCUGGAGGUUAGUUAAAGUCCAAAGAAGUGCCAGAGGUAUACAGAAUGGUGUUGUCUGCAUAGAGGUGGAUCAAAGAAUCACUAGCAGCAAGGACGACAUCAUUGAUGUAUACAGAGAAGAGAGUUGGCCUGAGAAUUUGACCCUGUGGCACCCCCAUAGAGACUGCCAGAGGUCCGGCCAACAGGCCCUCCGAUUUGGCACACUGAACCCUAUCUGAGAAGUAGUUGGUGAACCAGGCGAGGCAAUCCUUUGAGAAACCAAGGCUGUUGAGUCUGCCAAUAAGAAUGUUGUGAUUGACAGAGUCGAAAGCUUUAGCCAGGUCGAUGAAUACGGCUGCACAGUAAUGUCUCUUAUCGAUGGCUGUUUUGAUAUGUUUAGGACCUUGAGCGUGGCUGAGGUGCACACAUGACUAGCUCUGAAACCAUAUUGCAUAACGGAGAAGGUACAGUGGGAUUCGAAAUGGUUGGUAAUCUGUUUGUUAACUUGGCUUUCGAAGACCUUAGAAAGGCAGGGUAGAAUAGAUAUAGGUCUGUAGCGGUUUGGGUCUAGAGUGUCUCCCUUAUGAAGAGGGGGAUGACCGCAGCAGCUUUCCAAUCUUUGGGGAUCUCAGAUGAUACGAAAGAUAGGUUGAACAGGCUAGUAAUAGGGGUUGCAACAAUUUUGGCAGAUCAUUUUAGAAAGAGAGGGUCCAGAUUGUCGGAUGUUUUGUAGGGGGAGGAGGAAUGGGGAGGUUUGGGCGAGUUGCUUUGGGGAGUGCAGGGCUGUUGACCGGAGUAGGGGUAGCCAGGUGGAAAGCAUGGCCAGCCGUAGAAAAAUACUUAUUGAAAUUCUCAAUUAUAGUGGAUUUAUCUGUGGUAAGUGUUUCCUAGCCUCAGUGCAGUGGGCAGCUGGGAGGAGGUGCUCUUAUUCUCCAUGGACUUUACAGUGUCCCAUAACUUUUUUUGAGUUUGUUUUUGUGCUGGUCAAGGGCAGUCAGGUCUGGAGAGAACCAAGGGCUGUAUCGGUUUCUGGUUCUACAUUUUUUGGAUGGGGCAUGCUUAUUUAAGAUGGUGAGGAAGGCACUUUUAAAGAAUAACCAGGCAUCCUCUACUGACCGGAUGAGGUCUAUAUCCUUCCAGGAUACCCGGGCCAGGUCGAUUAGAAAGGCCUGCUGGCUGAAGUGUUUUAGGGAGCGUUUGACAGUGAUGAGGGGUGGUCGUUUGACCGCAGACCCAUUACGGAUGCAGGCAAUGAGGCAGUGAUCGCUGAGAUCUUGGUUGAAAACAGCAGAGGUGUAUUUGGAGGGCAAGUAGGUUAGGGUGAUAUCUAUGAGGGUGCCCGUGUUUAUGGAUUUGGGGUUGUACCUGGUGGGUUCAUUGAUAAUUUGUGUGAGAUUGAGGAGAUCAAGCUUAGAUUGUAGGAUGGCCGGGGUGUUAAGCAUGUCACAGUUUAGGUCACCUAGCAGCACGAGCUCUGAAGAUAGAUGGGGGGCAAUCAAUUCACAUAUGGUGUCCAGGGCACAGCUGGGGGCAGAGUAUAGUCUAUAGCAAGCGGCAAGAGUGAGAGACUUGUUUCUGGAAAGAUGGAUUUUUAAAAGUAGAAUUUUGAAUUGUUUGGGUACAGACCUGGAUAGUAAGACAGAACUCUGCAGGCUAUCUCUGCAGUAGAUUGCAACACCGCCCCCUUUAGCAGUUCUAUCUUGUCGGAAAAUGUUAUAGUUUGGGAUGGAAAUUUCAGGGUUUUUGGUGGACUUCCUAAGCCAGAAUUCAGACAUGGCUAGGACAUCCGGGUUGGCAGAGUGUGCUAAAGCAGUGAAUUAAACAAACCGAGGAGGCUUCUAACGUUAACAUGCAUGAAACAUGCAUCUAAAGGGGGAAGCUGGUCCUAGGUCAGCACUCCUAUUCUGAGAUGCUUUUAGGAUACGGGCCCAGAUCAACAUCUGAGAGGUUUAAUAACUUCUUUAUUUCAGUUUUGAAAAAAAUUGAAAUGAAUACAGAGACAAUCAAUCCAUUUCAAUGUAAUAAUUGGAAAUAUAUUUAUUGAUACAGAUUCAAAUGUAGAAAAUCAUGAUCAUAAUUUAACAAAAAUAAAGUAAUUCAUAUUUUACUCAAUUGCUAUAUGCAAUCAAAAUGAUCACUUUUAUUGUUGAAACAUCAACCACAUUAUCAUAUAGGUGAUUAUCAUGUCAUAUAGAAUAUGUUGGCACAUGUCUAUGUUGCAUUUGAA